CACAUGCUGUAUAGUGUUAUAGUAUAUGUCAUUGCUGGAUAUUUUCUAACAGAGAAUACGUACGUAGACCAAGAAGAAAGGAGGGAGAAACAACGGGAAAAAUGGAACGGUUCACAAUACUGUUUAUCAGUCACUGCGAAGAUGCACAUGCAUGAUGCUGCAGAUAAUGUUAAGUCUAUCGAAGAUGAAACUGAAGCCAUCUGGAGAACAUUUUGUGCACGGAACCAUAUCCCACUUCACAUAAAGUUUUGGGCUUCACCUUCCAAGCUCCAACUCGCCCAACAGGACUGUAGUCUCUUCCACCAAUGAUCUUCCAUGGGAUGGUAACUAAACAGUAUCACGAACUCGGGCUUGCAAAUUUCGAUCAGGUAAUGUGCAUAGGUGCGCAUGUUAAUGGGCAUAUAAGUAGAUUAGGCCACCAAGCGCCUCUCAUGUGCUAAGAUAGUAACAUCCACGUUGGUGACAACAAAUGAGUAAUGCAAAAGCUCCAGAAAAUGAGCUUUUGCGAAAAUGUUAUCAAGUGCUCGAUCGUGGCCAUGCCAGCCAUACCUUAUCCUUCUUAUUCUGAUUAUUCUCUUGCUCGUAAAAAACCAGUGAACCUGUGAUGACGUUCAAUAUUUUAUUAAAUUUAUUAGUGUUUUUAAUGUAAUUGAAAGUCAUUCAUUUGAAUUUUGUUAACAAAAAUAUAAUUAAGUGGAUAAAUGUAUGUGAAAAUGGGCUUGAAAAUAUGUUAAAAGUUAAUGGACCAAUUCUAUCAUUUAUUCUGAGUUUUAUGCAUAUAGGGAGGCCUAAUUUAGGGCUCAAAGAAGAAAAUUUUAGAGCCUAAGUCAAAAGAAUUAAAUCUGAAAAAAAAUCUAAACAGUUCAUGUUCGUUGCAACAAAAAUGCAUUUCAUUGCAGUAAAACGCGAUUUUAAUAAAAUACAUAAUUUUGACUCUCGAUGAAUUUUUAAAACUUGGACACAUCAUUUUCGUGCAUUCUUCACCUUCAACAACUACAGAACGUCUAGGAAGAGGAGAAAGAGUCAAAGAAGGAUUGAAGAAGCUUAAAUUUAGUGAAAAAUUAAAGGUUUUGCUUAAAAUUGCUUCGAUUAAGCUUUUCUUUUCUUUCUUCUCUUUACUUUACUGUAUAUAUUGUUGAUUUUACUGUCAUGGAAGCCAUGUGUGGCUGAUUUUCUCUU